CAGGGCGUCUCUAUGGUUUUUUGUAUCCUAGAAGGACCGAAGUGCACUUCCGGGAAUAUGGCGACACCCAAGUCGGUAUGGCACGUGCUGCCUCGGAACGCGCACUGAAGGAUGGUGCCACAUCUUCUUCACUGGUGAGAGCCUGAGGACAGAGCCUCUCUGCCCACCAUGAGUGCCACCCCAGAGGUCAAGAGUCGUGGGAUGAAAUUUGCUGAAGAGCAGCUGCUAAAACAUGGAUGGACUCAAGGCAAGGGCCUGGGCCGGAAAGAGAAUGGCAUCACCCAGGCCCUCAAGGUGACACUGAAGCAAGAUACCCAUGGGGUGGGACACGACCCUGCCAAGGAGUUUACAGACCACUGGUGGAGUGAUCUCUUCAACAAGACUGCAGCCAGCUUGGUAGUGGACACAGGGAAGGAUGGAGUGCAGAUAAGGCGCCUUUCCACGGAGACCGCCCAGCGCAGUCACCCCAAGUCCAAUUUGCUGUAUCAGAAGUUUGUGAAGACAGCCACACUAACCUCAGGUGAAGAGAAGCCUGACAGAGAGAGCGGCAGUGCUGAUGACAGCCACGAGCCCAGGCCUCCAAAGAUUCUGACCGAUGAGAUGCUUCUCAAAGCUUGUGAGGGGCGAACAGCACACAAGGCUGCCCGGAUUGGAAUCACAAUGAAGGCCAAGCUUGCUCGCCUGGAGGCCCAAGAGCAGGCCUUCCUGGCUCGGCUCAAAGGCUCAAAGGAUAUGGGCACCUCUCAACCACAGACUGACAGGGAACCCUCCCACAAAAAAAAGAAGAAGAAAAAGCAGAAACAGGAGGAAGAGGCUGCAACAACAGAAAAGAAUGUAGAUGAGGCGCUCCUAGAACACACUGACCCUCACAGCUUCAGGAAAAGCAGGAAGAAGAAAAGGAGGCAGAAAGAUGAGAGAGAGGGGUCAGCUGUAGGAAGUGGGGAGGAGGAGGCUGAAGGAGCAAGCGGGCCUGGAGAACUGAGCACAGAGCAAUCUGAUCAGCCUUCUAGGAAAAGGAAGAAAAAGAGGAGACGGCACCAUGAAGAAGAGGGGGAGAUGGGAGUCUAUGAUAAAAGAGGCAGAGAUGUGACAGGCAGGCCACAGGCAGUGGACAGUGCAGCAGAGACAGACCCACGGAGAAGCAGCAAGAAGCCUCAGCAGUGUGGGAGUGACCUGGACACCCAAGAUGAAGAAGGGAAGAAUAGCCUAACAAAAGGAGAGAGAAAGGUCAGAAGAGGCAAGAAGAAAAGACAGCAGUGUUGUGAGGAGGUGGCUUUGGGUGUGAGCAAUGAAGAUGAUGAUGGCAGGACUUGGGAAGUAGAGAAGGAAGGUGAGAGAAGUCAGCCACACCCAAAGGAGAGAGCUGGCAUCAACAAGCCAGCCAAAGACAAGAAGCGGAAGAGGGACUAAAGGCCUACAGUAUAGCUCUGCUGGCUCCUUACAGGGUGGCCUGGGUUUGCACAGGGUUUCUUCACACCCUCUGCAGACAACCCGGGAGCACCAG